GUAAUACUUGACAGUUAUCUGAUCAUUAAACUAAAGAUAAUUAUUAGUUGAAAUGAAAUUAAUGUCUUAAGUCUUACAUAUUCUUAUUAUCAAUUAUUAUACACAACAUGAAAUAUAAAAAUUUAUUAUUAGGCUAAACAUUGAUCUAUUUCAAACUAUUUGUGAACAAUGGCCGAAUUUAAAUGGACAUUGGAUCAUUUACAUUUCCUAUACACAUGAAAAUUUCUCAUAAGAGAUUAAGUUAAGCCAACUUAUUUAAAAUAUUUCUUGAUAUUGAAUUUUAACUGGUUACGUUAAUCUCGUCUACAAUUAUCUAUCAAUUAUAUUCAUUACCACAUAAUUACACUAUACAAGAUAGAUGUGUUCACAAUGCAUUUGUUAAAAAUAAUGUCUAUAAAUUUUUUACUAUUCACUAUGAAAAGAUGAGCGAAUUAGAAAAAUAGUAUUGAAAGAAAAAAUAAAAAUCAACUUUCAAUAUUAAAUUCAAGUUAAAAUUAAAUUUUACUUGUUUUAUUUAUAAAUAAUUGGGUAUAAAGUUUAUAAUUUUCUUUAUUCGUUUACAAUUCUUAUCAAUUAACACAAGUUUUUAUAAUUUUUAAUUUAUAUACAUAAUUUCAUAGUUUAUGAUGUAUAUAUAUAUUUAUAUAUAAAUUGUGUAUAUAUAUAUACAUAUAUAUAUAAUAUAUACAUAAUAUUAUAUAUACAUCAUACAUAUUAUCACAUAUACACAUAUAUGGGAGUUAUAUAUAGCAUACUAGCUAAUUCAUUUGUAUCAAACAAUUUGAUUGGGUAAAUUUUUGACCAAUCAAGUGUAGGUAAUACAACUUUCGAAUUAAUCGAUAGUAUAGCUGUUUAGGUGUGAGAUAUAAGCACGUGCUCAUAACCUAUAAUAUUUUGGGAAUAAUAUAAAAAAUGAGCAAUAAUUGUUUGAAAACAAAAUAGUAAAAAUACUAUCAUCAUUCUAUGCGUAUAAACUUGUAUAAAACAUAUAAAGAAUAUACUAUUUUCUAUAAAUACAAAGUAAGUGGUCGCGAUUUAUGAGUGAGUGUACCAUACUAUAUCUUUUUAUUACAAUCUUAUAGAUUCAUUUGUAUAUUUUGUGAAGAAAUGCAACAAGAGCCGUGGAAACUGAAGUUAAAGGAGCGAGCGGAAAGAACACUUCAUGUUCGUUAUACACGUAAAAUAAAAAACAUAGAAGAAGUAGCAGAUUUGUUUACUGGUGAUUUUACUGUCAAAUUACCACGACAGCCCAGUAAAAAUUGUCAUGUAGAGUUUUCUACCGUUGAAGAAGCAUUACAAAAUAAAAGAGCUCUCAAAGGUAAAAUUGUCUAUGGAAAACCUAUUGUUAUUCGAAGAGCUCUUUUAAAUACAUUAAGUGGCAAAAAAUUUAGAAGAAAAGGAAAAAAGGUUAAAAUACCUGACGUGGAACCAGAUGUAAAGUUUACACAAUCAAUAUUUGUCGGGAAUCUUAAAUGUUUCACAAAGGCUAACGAGAUAAAAGGGGUUUUACCUGGAUGUAUAUCUGUUGCUCUGUUAAAACCAUAUACAAAUACUUUAAGGAGCGCAAUUAUUAAAAUGGAAAGUGUAGAACUUGCAGCAGAAUAUCUACUGAAAAAACGUGAGUGGCCAUGUUUACAUGGAAACAGAUUAAUAUUGAAGCCCGAUACACGUAUGAAACAUAAAAAUAAAAAACGUGUUAGAAUUGAUAAUGCUGAGGCUACAGAUAGUUUAAAAAAUAAAAUUUCUACAGUGGAGACAGAGAACAGUGUUUCAUCAUAUUAAAAAGUACCAAAUGGUAUUGAUACUUAAAUAAACUAUGUAUAAUAUUUUUGUUGUAUGUUAGCAUUUUUAUAAAAAUAUUAAAAAUAGUCGUAAAUGAUA